UGUCUCUCAGUGGCUGGCUGUCACUCAGCACGCUGCCGGCCAGCCAUCGGACGCAACAGCACCAGCAGCCAGCAUGAACCUUUUCUGCUUCUCGCUGGAGGGGUCCAUGGACAGCCUGUACGAGGCGGUGCAGAGCUCCGGGGACGGCCCACCUCCACCCAUCCCCAGCCGCUCCUCCAGCCGCGCAUGCAGCCGCUCCGCCAGCCGCUCCUGCAGUCCGGCGGUGCUGCUGGACGACCACACCAACUGGCCCGGCUCCGGGAGGUCUAUUUCUAUGGAGAUGCCACAGAUGCAGGGCACCAACUCCAGUAAGAAGAAAAGAAGAACACACAUAUCGAAAUCUGCAUCGGACAACGAAACACUGGAUAACCUCGGCUGUAAUACGGCGGUUUGGCAGCCCGCCAAGAGCCGGGAAGAUUUAGUCCACACCACCAACAAUCACAAUGAAGAGAUGAGGAAGACCAAAUACAGAACAGAAACCAGAGAAGUGAAAGGAGCCCGUCAUUCUGGCACAAAGAAAAAGGAGAAACCGCACUCCAGCCAGUGUUUCCAAGGCAACAGCUCGGCGUCAGAGUCCAAACCUGCGGCCAAAAAAACCCAAAAGCCCGGAAAGAAAACAGGCGGAAAGAGCGGUAAAGAAGGCUCAAAGAAAAGUCACAGCUCAACAGUGCAACCCCCACCAGGCGCCAUGAGCCCUCCCAUGCGACCCCCCUACGUGGACAUGCCAUGCAUGUCCGACAGGAGGCCCUACCUGGGCAAGUCCUCCACCCUCCCCGCCCAAGAGAACGCCACCCCGGGCCGGCGAGCGGACGCCGUCGGCCUCCCCGGCGGGGCGACGCCCACCCACACCCACCGCCAGCGGUGGAGCAACCCGGGGGACGGGAGUCCCGCCUGGGGGGGCGUCCAGCACACCUGCCGCAGGCCGCUGACGGAGUAUCGCGCCUACCCCCACGACUUCCCCGAGCCCCCCGAGAAGGAGUGGGGAGGAAGGCAGCGGCAGCCGACGGACCAGAACGACGCCCCGCCACGGGACUGCAGGCCUCGGAUUCCCCCGAAGGUGUCGCGAUCCAUCACGGACGCGGAUCUGUCGGAACCAAACCGCUCCACCAGCUUCGGCAGGUUCGAGGGACUCAGAAACCACCCGACACAAGCGAAACCCGAGGAAAAUGGAACAACCGCGCCGACAGAUGAAAGCGAGACUUCGGACCAGAACAAAUCGGCCGGACUCGGAAAGAAGAUGAAGGCGAUUUCACUGACUAUGCGCCGAAAAAUGGGCAAAAAACACGCCAAGUCUUUUUGUGAGGAGACGGGUGAUGACACGGACAAAGAGCCGGAGGCAGAGACAGAGAGCGGACCCGCUGCUGAGAAAACUGAGAAGACCAGCAACUCCUUGGAGAGUCUCUACAGUGGCCAGAGCUCCUCCAGUGGUGUCACCAGCGAGUCCAACGGCUCCGGUCAGAGAGACAGUCUGCGGCUGGAGGAGGACGGCUCCUACCAGGGACAGUUCUGUUGCCGGGCUCGGGUCCACACGGACUUCGUUCCCAGCCCGUACGACACGGACUCCCUCAAACUCAAGGUCGGCGACAUCAUCAGCAUCAUCAGUAAGCCGCCGAUGGGCAUCUGGACGGGCAUGCUGAACAACAAAGUGGGCAACUUCAAGUUCAUCUAUGUUGACAUUGUGGCGGAUAAAGAGGAGGAAGAGGAAGUUCCCAAGAUCAGGCAACAGAAGCUCUGCAAAAGACCUCGGCCUAAAACCCUGCUGGAGUUACUGGAGCGCCUGAAUCUGGAGGAGUACGCCUCGGCCCUGCUGCUGAAUGGGUACCAGACGGUGGAGGACCUGCUGCACCUGCAGGAGAAACACCUGAUCGAGCUGAACGUCAAAGACCCCGAGCACCGGCGCAAGCUCCUCGCCGCCGCCGAAUGCCGCUACACAGGCGAUGACGUCAGGGACGCCGAGGAGCUCCGAUCCUCCCACGGUCUCCGGGAAGAAGACAGCGACUGUCCCAGAGACUCGGGCUGCUUCAUUCCAUCAGAAUGUCCGGAGGGCAAAGAGGAGGCGGAGCGGCUCGCGGACGCCGUGGACUCUUGAAGCGAAGGACACUUUGACGGACGGGGCUGCAAAGUGUGUGUGGUUUUUUUUUUCUCGUGACUGGUGGUUCUAACAAUUAUCCGCUCGAAACAGAUUUAUUAUUAUGCUUUUGAAGUUUGAAUAAUAUGGAUUUAUGUAAUUAUUAAAAAUCUUUUGGUUUCAGAAUAACUUACAAAUAUGCAACUCAACUGUCAAAUUCUUACUGUGAACUUCUGUUUCCAAAGAAACCAUUGAAAAACUACACACAACCUGACAAAUAAGGCUGAUACAUUGUAACAGUAACAGUACCGUUAGCAGAUCCGUGUAUCAGUGUAGCGCCGCGGUCCGUGUUACACACAUGUGCUUACUUACUUAACUACACAGUAGUUAGAUAAUGAUCAAGUUGGACUUUUACUUAAUUUUUCUGCUGUUGAGAAACUGUUUUACUGUUUUAAUAAUUUUAUUGAUUAACGUUGUAUUUAUUGCAUUGUAAGUCAUAUAAUGCUUUUUUCUCCAUAUAACGCCUUUAUUUAUAACAUCUGCAUCGUCAGCAUUAUCACCAGAUCCAAUCUCAAUUGUUCAACACGCAGUACUUUUUUUUUUACCAUUUUCUGUACUUUGAGUGUUGUUGGUGAAGGGAUGACUUUCAAAUGUAGUGUCUGGGUUCUAACAGCAUAUUCAAAUCUUGCCUAUAAAAUCUAUAUUGUACAGGAAAUCACAUGUUAUUUUCUAAUCGUGUUUGAGUGAGUGUAUGAGAGAGCCUGUGUAUAAACGCAUGUGAAAGUUACCGUCCAAUUGUUUUCACAACUUUUGUAAAUAAAAUCAAAGAAGUACAAUUAAAACCCCAA